CUUUGGUCAUCUCCUGUACUAUGUCCACAGUCUCUGGUCAUCUCCUGUACUAUGUCCGCAGUCUCUGGUCAUCUGUUGUAGUACAUCUGCGGUCUCUGUUCAUAUCCUGUACUAUGUCUGCAAUCUCUGGUCAUCCCUGUACUAUGUCCGCAGUCUCUGGUCAUCUCCUGUACUAUGUCCGCAGUCUCUGGUCAUCUCCUGUACUAUGUCCGCACUCUCUGGUCAUCUCCUGUACUAUGUCUGCAGUCCAUUGGUUCAGAAUUUUUUUUUCUUGUUUUCCUCCUCUAAAACCUUAGGUGAGUCUUAUGGUCAGAUAAGGGUCUGGUAUGGAUUUUUGUAAUGGUCCAGACAUUUUUU